UUGAAAGUGCUCAACCUCAAAGGGUCCGAAAACCUGAUGAAGACACCGGACUUUACAACAGCCCCAAAUCUGGAAAUUUUAAUAUUGGAGGGUUGUACAAGAAUGGUAGAUGUUCAUCCGUCCAUCGGAUUUCUUUCGAGGCUUAAACUUUUGAAUUUAAGAAGCUGUACAAACCUUAGGAAUCUUCCAACCAAAAUUGGAAUAGAAUCUCUUGAAACUUUAAUCCUAGAAGAUUGCAGAAACCUUAUUAGUCUCCCAAGCAGCAUAGGUGGAUGUAAACGUCUAAAAACACUUAAUCUUUCUGGCUGUUAUAAAGUUGAAAAUUUGCUGGAGAAUUUGCAUCAAUUAGAGUUGUUGGAAGAGCUUGACUUAAGUGAAACAGCCAUAUUAAAACCGCCAUCCUUCAUUUUUCAACUUAAAAAUCUCAAAGUGUUGUCUUUGAAUAGGCUCAAGGGACCAUCAUCUAAGUUAGGACCAAAUCUACCUUCUCUUUUCCAGAUAUUCCAACGAGGAAGAAUCGAGUCUGUGCCUCUGAUGUUGCAUUCAUUGUCAGGUUUGAGUUCAUUAAGAGAGCUGAAACUAAGGAACUGCAAUCUUGGUGAAGGAGAUAUUCCUAGUGAUAUUUCUUGUUUAUCCUCUUUGGAAAAACUUGAGCUUGGCGGCAACAAUUUCAUCAACAUACCGGCGUUUGUUAGUGGACUUUCUAGGCUUCAAUAUUUGGGGUUGUCAAAUUGCAGGGAGGUUAAAUCGUUGCCUGAUAUUGAUGUUUCUCUAGAACAAUUUGCAAUUACAUCAAAGUUUUGCAAUGCAAUGGGUGGGACACGGUUUAAUUGUCUUCACUGCUACAGAUUAGUCGAGAAUGUCAAUGCAUUAACAUCGGUGAAAAUCUACCUUAAGCGAGGUGGAUGUUUAAGAAAAAGUUUGGAAAUUGUUGUACCUGGAGGAGAAAUCCCAAAAUGGUUCGGCCAUCAAGCAGUUGACUCCUCAAUCAAGAUACCACUGCCUAACAAUAUUUGGAAUGAUAGUCGAUGGAUUGGAGUUUCUUUCUGCUGCAUUUUUGUCAACGAUGACGCUUCAAGGAAUGAGGAACUCACAUGUGAAGCUGUUAUCCAUCGUAGGAAUUCUGGAAAAGAUGGUUCCGAUGGAUCUGUUUGUCGGAGUAGAAAUCCUAGACGUGUCACAGGGCACGGCUGGAUUUUUUCUAAAGAAUACAACCAGCCCAUAAUAAAGGACCACAUUUAUUUAUGUUAUUUUUCACGUGACAAAUUAUAUCCAUUUUCCUUGGAGGAUAAAUGUGGAGGAAGUGAAACCAAGAAUUCAUCAUCGGAUUGCUCAAAUCAGGAAUUUGAUGAACUUCAAUUUUCAAUCACAUCCGAUGAUUCUCACAAGUGUGUUAAGGUGAAGAAAUGCGGGAUUCGAAUACUGUAUCAGAAAGAUUUAGAAGAUAUCAAUGAAGCCUCCACUGAAAAUGGAUCAAUAGCUAAUGGUCCCCUUGUAAAGCGAAAACGUAAUGUUUAUGAAGAGAGGGAGGCCGGGUCACAACCAAAAAGGAUGCACAAGUUUUUCAAUUUUAUGAUGGGCCGACCGGGGGGUUGAAGUUGGAUUAUUGCAAGUAUGGUUAAAUGGUCGAUUGCCUCUGUCCUGUCACUGUAUCGUGAUGAAGGGAAACAAGGCAUGAUAAAUUUGCGGUUCCGGAAGAGCUCGUAGAUGACCAAAAUGGCUUGUUCAUGAUAAUUCAUUUAUUGCAAGUUGAGUUAGAUUGCACCAUGAAGAUGCAAGUAAGAGGGUGGAAAUGCUUUUGUGAUGUUUAGAGCGUUGUCAUCCUCAUCUUUGCCAAUGUUUCUUCCAAGUAAAACACCAAAAUUGCUUGCACCAACAGCAUGUUGAUAGGAGUUUACACUGCUUUCGUGACACUUAGUGCCUUCUUCUCCGGUCUCACCAAUGCCUUCUUCAAAGCUCCAAUGCUUAUCCGGUGCUUCAAUAGAUACGAGUAUUCUUGAUUCCGACAGAGCAUUCGCCCUAGUCUUUGUUGCAGUGGGUGCAACUGAAGUCAUGGCUACAACCGGAAUCAUGGACUUCAUUACAUGGAAUUUCUCGUUGUCACCAUUGUUGCUAUGGUAACUUGUAAACUACUUUCAGGCAGACACAUUUUCUUGUUGCUUUGCUCCAAUCUCAUUUGCAGCCGAGCCGAAAGGGUUAACAUCUUUGUUCAUCAAACUUCAGUGGUAUUAUAUGUCCUCUACGAUGUAACUAAUUAGAAUUAAUGGAACUAUUUUUUUUCUUG